AUGUUUAGAAAAUCUGAUAAGGAUAUAAAAAAUGAGGCUAUACAAAGGGCUGUACCAGAGGAAAAAUUUAGAAAGCCAAGUCCAUUAGGAGGGAAUAAAUGGGAUGAGGAGGAUUUCUUAUAAUUUUAUGGAGUCUAAAAAGAUCAAUAAAUUAAGCUUCACACUUACAGAUGCAAAACAACAUCAUUCGACCCAAAAUCUGUAACUGUAUUCUUUCAUGGGCUCAAUGAGCAUCUUGGAUUAUAUGCUCAUAUUGCUUAGGCUGUCAGUAAAUAGGCGAAUAGUGUAGUAGUUGGAUUUGAUUUUAGAGGAUUUGGCAAAAGUUAAGGAUUAAGAGGAUGGGUGGAAUCUAGAGAAUAACUAAUGAAUGAUUGUUCAAGAUUCAUCUUAUAGAUUAGAACAAUGUAUCCAAGAUUGCCACUAUUUACUCUUGGUUAGUCUAUGGGUGGAAUGGCAUCUUACUUAAUGGGAUAAAAUGACUUGUGUGAAGGAACUGUGUUGAUUACACCUGCGAUAAUGGAUAAUUAUUACAAUGAACCCUUUAUGAAAAAAUUGGGAUUGUGCUUUGGUGCAUGUUUUCCAACUUGGAAUCCAUUCCCACCUGUUGUGGUGACAGGAUCAAGAAAUCCAUAAAUAUUAGAAGAUAAUUUAAAGGAUCCCUAUUGUACUUAGGUAGCAGUGUUACCAGGAACAGGCAGAGUACUUGUGUCAACAAUGAGAUCCCUUCCAUAAACAUUCACUUAAUAUAAGAAACCAUUUUUAGUGAUAUCAGCAGGGAUGGAUUAAAUUGUAGAUCCCGAUGUUGGUCAUGAGCUCAUGAAGCAAAGUCCUUCUCAAGAUAAGCAACUAAUCCAUUAUGAGAACAUGUGGCAUGAUUGUGUUUAGGAGUAGGAAAUACUUGAAAUCAUACCCAAAAUUGUAGACUGGAUAUCAUAAAGAUCAAUUAAGUGA